AUGACCAGCCAGGCGAAUUUACUUAUGCCAGAGGUUUAUGAGAAGGAUGAGAAUGAUGCCAAAUUAUGUCAAAAUGAAGGAAAACUUAUGCUGAACAAAAUUCGCUCCGCUUUGUGUGAGCCCACACGUUUUAUAGAGGAAGAGUGGUCUUCGAUUCGUAAUGCUAAUGCACGAGCGUUCCACUAUAAAGAACAGAAGGAAGGUCAAUUCCCACCAUUUAAUUUCUUUUCUAAGUUUGUCACAGACUUUGGAAAAGAACGAAACGACAAAAGUCUUAUGCUGUCUACCCACGAGGUAGAAUCGAAAACACAUGUUAACCCAAGAAGGCUGAGUGGUCCUGCCAGAUCUCCAUAUCGCACUAACGUUCUGACAAAAUUGACUGGUGUUGCCAAGGCUCAUGACAAUCCGGCAUCAGAUGGUAUAGACAUAGAUACCAAAUGUCCUAUACACAGGACUCCUCAUCCACUGACUGAUUGCAGAGCGUUCCUUAAGAUGCCGAUGGAGGAAAAACGUUCACUGUUGAGGGAUGCAAAGAUUUGUUAUCGGUGUGUGGCAUCCACAGCCCAUAUUGCAAGAAACUGUAAAGCUACGGUUUCGUGUUCAAUCUGUGGUAGUAAUCGGCACAAAUAUUUCCUCCACGUUGGCACACAUGCCGACGAAGCGCAUGGCGGGGAGCGAAGACCGGUAUUAUCGAAAUGCACCCAGGUUUGCCGCAACAAUCCAUAUGGAAGAUCUUGCUCCAAAAUAUGUUUGGCACGAGUAUAUAUCGACGGCAAUCCUGCAAACGUGAUUACCACUUAUGCCGUCCUAGAUGAUCAAAGUAACAAGUCCCUGGCCAAAUCCAAGCUGUUCGACCUGUUGAAGGUUAAAAGUGAAUCGAUGUCAUACACGCUUAAGACAUGUUCCGGGGUGGUGAACACAGCCGGUCGUUGUAUUACAAGACUUAUUAUAGAAUCCGUCGACGGUCAAGUAUCCAUACCUGCUCCACCCUUAAUUGAAUGUAGUGCGAUUCCCGAUUGUAAGGAGGAGAUACCUACUCCAGAAGUAGCAGAACAUCAUCCGCAUCUGAAGUCAAUUGCGAAGGAAAUUCCGAAAAUUGACCCAGACGCAGAUAUACUAAUACUCCUGGGGCGAGAUGCACCACAAGUCCAUAAAGUCCGUGAAGUUCGCAACGGACAUAACAAUUCACCAUGGGGACAUCGACUAGACUUAGGCUGGGUGGUGAUCGGAGAAGUUUGCAUAGGAAAAGCGAACCAUAGUAACACUGUCAAUAUAUUCCGUACCCAUGUCCUGCCGAACGGACGUCCUUCCUGUUUCGAGUCAUGUACAAACCAUUUCGACAUUUCACACCCAGCCCACCCACCAGAUCCAGAAACGCACUAUGCUGGUAGACGAUGGCCUAACCCGGGGGAGGACGUUUUUCGUGUGUCCAAGUUUGAUAACAAAGUCGGUAGCUCCAUAGAAGAUAGACAGUACUUAAAGAUCAUAGCAUCCGAGUUCUCAAAAAGUGAGACUGGGAAUUGGGUCGCUCCACUCCCAUUCCGCAUGUCCAGGACACCGUUACCUAACAACCGUCACGAUGCGAUGAAACGAUUUCAUUCCCUACUUAAGUCUUUCUCAAGAAAGUCAAAGAUGAAAGACCAGUAUCUACAGUUCAUGACAACCAUGAUUGCUAAGGGUCACGCGGAACAAGUAGUUUCCGACGGUGAUGGAGAGCGAUGGUAUUUCCUCACUACCUUAGAUUCCUAUGGUUCGAGAAUGACAAUCCGGAUGUAG